AUGCAUUCUAUAGGACCAUGGAUUACCCAAACUUCACUUACUUCAACUAGCUAUUCCAAGCCUACCGAGCUUUCACUAAUUGUGCCGAAGCGAUGGGGUCCAUUGCCGUCCCAGAUUGCAAUGCUCCGGAUGCUCCCCCCCGAAGGAAUCGCAACACUCUCUCUUACUCUCAUAAAGGUUAACAAAGAAGUCAUUGUGUGCUCCGGUGCGAUAGGCUCACCGCAAGCGCUUAUGCUCAGUGGUAUUGGGCCUCGUAAGAGUUUAGUGGAAUAUGGUAUCAAAGUAGUGCAUGGCCUACCGGGGGUUGGAUCUACGUUGCCCCUUAAAAUCGCACGGGAACUUUUCGAAUACAUCUUCCUCCGAAUCGGUCUCUUGAGUAUUCCCGUUCAGACCUUAGCUCUCUAUGUCCGCUCUCGAAUGAUCAAAGAAGAUAGUACUGGACUUAUCAAAGAAGCUUCAACUAAAUCUCCUGAUCCUCAAAGUCUCAUCCCCGACAUUGAGCUCAUGCCACUUUCCACAAGCGGAAUGGAUAAUUUUGACGAGCCGGAAUUCAUAAACAUAUUUUCUAAAACCCCCAUAAUUUGUGUUCUAGCCACGAUUAUUCAGCCGAAAUCCUCUAGAACGGUCCGCUUGGCGUCGUCAAAUCCACACGACAAGCCGAAAGUUGAUUUUGGAAUCUUGUCCGACCCCUCGGAUUAUAUCAUUGCUCGCAGCGCCAUUCGACUCACACUUUCCAUCACAGAUAAAAUGAAAGCGUCUGGUUUCCCUCUUCUUCGAAACAUUACUUUUCCUGUAGAAAGACAAGAGCUUGAUGUGAAAAGCAAUACUACAGAGAAGAUGGAUAAAUUCACCCGUCGCCGAAUAAGAACUUUUCACUAUGCAUCUACAUGUAAAAUGGCACCCGAACAUGAUUCUAAAGCCCCGGGAGUAGUCGAUGACGAAUUGAAAGUCUAUGGUGUGAAAAGCUUGAGAGUUUGCGGUACGAGUAUUUUCCCGCAAAUUGUAUCGGGACACUUGCAAGCACCUGCUGUCAUGGUGGCAGAGAAAUGUGCGGAUUUGGUCAAGAAUGAGCUAUGA